UACAACUCUAUCCCUUUUUGGACGGGGAGAGAAAAGUAUCUUGUUUUCAAUAACUUAUUAUUCGUUAGUUAGCCCACUUUAAUGUAAGUCCAUGACUAGUUAUGAGGCGAGUAGAACCCUAAGAAAAGGUCCGAAUCGGCUUCCUUAAACUCUCAGCCGAACUCCCGUGUCUGAGAUUGCCUGCAGCAUAUCCUUCCUCUCGUCCGCAGUUGCCGUCUAAGCGCCAUUGCUUAAAGAUGGUGAGAGUCAGCGUGCUGAAUGAUGCUCUUAAGAGCAUGUACAAUGCUGAAAAGAGGGGGAAGCGACAGGUCAUGAUUAGGCCUUCCUCAAAAGUCAUUAUUAAGUUUCUUCUAGUGAUGCAAAAGCAUGGAUACAUUGGAGAGUUCGAGUAUGUAGAUGAUCACAGAUCUGGUAAAAUUGUGGUUGAAUUGAAUGGAAGGUUAAACAAGUGUGGCGUGAUUAGUCCUCGUUUUGAUGUUGGUGUUAAGGAUAUUGAGAGCUGGACUGCUAGGUUACUUCCAUCAAGACAGUUUGGAUACAUAGUGCUGACUACAUCUGCUGGAAUCAUGGAUCACGAGGAAGCCAGGAGAAAGAAUGCCGGUGGAAAAGUUCUUGGUUUCUUCUACUAGUAUGAUUGUUACCAUGUAUCUCUGCCUAACCAUUCAGUCCAAUGAAUUUUUUAUGUUUGCUUUUAUUUUAUUCCUCCCAUUGGAUAUAAGUAGAUUUCGCUGCCCGUGAAAUAUAUUAGUGUUCCCUUGAAAAUGUUUUUGAAUUUGAGUCAACCAGUUUGAAAGAAAAUAUUGUCUCAUAUCUUCAAUGGUCCAAAAUGACAUGCAACCAUAGUUGUUUUAGUCCAAACAGUUUCGCUCAUCAUCUAGUUUUGAAUAUCAAAUUGUCAUCAUAUUGAUCUGGUUGUGAA